GAGAUUCUAAUGUCCCGGGCGGGCAGCAUUGGGCACUGAGUUUCGUCUUUCUCUGUGACCUUGGAGGCCAUAGGGAGCCUUUAACUGCCUCAUAGUACAGGGCGAGGGCAAACUCAAGAUGCUUGCUCUGUCAAGGCGCAACCUAUUAUCUCCUUUGCUUGGCGUGACAUCAUUCAGACGCUCCUAUAGAGGUGACAGCCCAGCAGAUUCACAAAAUGACGUGAUUGAAAUCCCUUUGCCCCCAUGGCAGGAAAGAACUGAUGAAUCCAUAGAAACCAAAAGAGCCCGCCUACUCUAUGAGAGCAGAAAGAGAGGAAUGUUGGAAAACUGCAUCCUCCUUAGCCUCUUUGCUAAAGAACAUCUGCACCACAUGACAGAGAAGCAGCUGAACCUCUAUGAUCGCCUGAUUAAUGAGCCUAGUAAUGACUGGGAUAUUUACUACUGGGCCACAGGAGCAAAACCAGCCCCAGAAAUAUUUGAAAAUGAAGUCAUGGCACUGCUGAGAGACUUUGCUAAAAACAAAAACAAAGAGCAGAGACUGCGUGCCCCAGAUCUUGAAUACCUCUUUGAAAAGCCACGUUGAGCUGUGCACCACUACCUGGCAUGGGGGGCUCAGUCUGUGGAUGGAAACUGUUUAUGAUGGACACUAGCCUUAAUUUCCUGCUGCUUCUGAGACACUCAAAUCGCUCCCCCUUCCCCCCCCCCACAGACUGUUGGUCCUGCCUCAAGGAAUGGACAUACGUCUCUCCCAGGACACACAUACUCUAACACUUUUUUGUUCAGUUCUGAUUCUCCAAAGUGGAU